AUGGGACUGUGGAAGAACAUUGAGAUAUCCAAAGAAUUGAUGAAUGUAACAAAUCUUGGGGGAAAAGUUGAAGCUGAUAAAAUAUCAAAGGAGAUCUCUACACCUUUGUAUCCAGAAAAUUAUCCAGGAGGGCGGGAGAUUUUUUGGAUCAUCCAAUCACAGGGCUUGUCUGUCAUCAUACUACAGGUCAUCAACAUUGAACUUUGUGGUUCAGAUUUUAUCACUGUGAAAGAUGGUGAACAUCCCUUAGCAACCACUUUGAUGACCUUGACCUCAUCAAGUAUAUCAGGGAUCAUGACAUUGUCAACAGGCAACAAGAUGUACGUCUACAUGAAACUUGAUGAGCAUCUGAAAUGUAAAGGGGUACUGAUGCGAUACAAGACAGGAUGUGAUUUGAAGAUCAGAAGCGAUAGAGGAACAAUAUUCAGUCCUGGUUAUGGUGUGACUAAUUACCCUCCAGUUCUACAGUGUUCCUGGCUGAUACAAAGUGAGAAUGAUCAGCCUCUUCUUCUAAGGUUUAACGAUUUCAGACUGCAGGAUAAAGACUUUGUACAGGUAUACCUUGGUAACAAUACAGCUUCCUCCCCAGUACAUUCAGGGUUGGGAUUCACUGGGAGCAUGGUCCCAUCUGAUGUCAUAUCUAAAACUGGAACCAUAUUUAUCACCAUGACAACCAGUGCCACAGGGAAUUCUAAAGGUUUCCACGCAUCCUUUACAGCAGGUUGUAGAAAUAUGAAUUCCUCCUCCCUGAAAGUAAGUCCGGGGAUCUCGGAGAUCCUCCCCCAGACUAUGGUCACUGUACAGUGUAGGACAGGGUAUUACUUACAAGAGCCGUACACAGGACAAAACCAGGUCACACUGAGGUGUCAGGAGGGAGGAACUUAUGACAAAAUCAUCCCUAUCUGUGCACAUGCAUUUUGUGGUCCCCCUCCAGUUGUUGACAAUGGUUACAUUGUGAACAGUACAGGCGUUUUUGGAGGAGACAGAGUUAUGUACCACUGUAAGAUAGGAUACUCAACAAUCAACUCGCUCACAAUCAUGUGUCAGAGUAAAGGAGUGUGGGAAACUCCUCCUACAUGUCAAGCUUCUUCUUGCCCCUCCCUACCUGUGACUGUGUUCAGAGGACAAAGGAGUACUCUCACUUGGGAUGGAGUCAGCCAUGGUUCUGUGAUCAAGUAUUCUUGUGACCGGGACUACGAGGUGCUGGGACAAUCAGUCAUCAGGUGUGACAAUGGUGCCUGGUCUCAUAAUCCUCCCACCUGUCAUAAAAUUCCCUGUCUCUCUUCUCCCGUGAACAAGGGAGCUAUAGACAAGUCUGGUAAUGUGGGACAAGGGGAGAUAAUUCAAGUGACCUGUGAUUCAGGAUUUGAAAUUCAUGGAAAACCAGAAUACAAAUGUGGAAUAGAUGAUCCUCCAUUAUGUAUAAAUAUUGAUGAGUGUAACAUCUCUAAUGGAACAGUCUGUGAUCAGAUUUGUACGGACACAAUAGGGGGGUAUAUGUGUUCAUGUACGGAGGGCUAUAAACUUACUGGAAGCAGAAACAACAGGUGUGAAAAUAUUGAUGAAUGCCAGGAGAGUAAUGGUUUCUGUGAUGGAGGGUGUGUGGACACACCAGGGUCCUACUACUGUACCUGCCCCCAGGGCCAGGAACUGUACACCUACAAUGGGCAGAAUGAUCUGGUCCUCCCCACCAUGGAGACUGGUCUGGAGCCACAUCAUCGCUACCACAUUAACCAUUCUUGUGUGGCUAUUGAGUGUUCUGUUCCAACCUACUCCAUUCCUAAUGGUCUGGCCUUGACCCUAGAAACCAAGUUCUUCUACGGAGAUGAGGUCACCUACAUGUGUAACCUAGGUUACAUGAUCAAAGGAACAGGACUAGCUACUUACAAAAUAAGCUGUCAGAUCGAUGGCUCAUGGUCUGAUAUAGAACCCAUCUGUGAGAUUGUGAGAUGCCCCCUGGAUGUGACCAGUGAUCCAGGUGUCCUCCCAAACACUUCCGUGACCUACGGACAGUUCUAUCAUCUCCAGUGUGACAUGCCUGAUGGGAACAUUGUAUCAAGGAGGAGGCAGUGUACCUAUAAUGUUAAUUCUGGGAGGUACCAAACUGAGGGGGAUCCAUUUUCUUGUCCUAAAGUGAACUGUGGAACACCUCAGUCUGUAAAGGGAUCUAACCCUUACCUGUACAGCUGUUCACUUUAUGGAUGUACCUUUGAGUUUACCUGUCGGUCAGUGUACACAAGGGCAGGUAACUCUUCACAAGGAGGGUCGGUGGUCACCUGUGCAAAAGAUGGACGCUGGGACUUUGGUGACCUUCACUGCACCAAUGGUGUAUGCCCUGAUCCCGGCUACCCCUCUGGGGGAUAUUCCUACACAGCUUCCCAUGAAGAGGAUGGCCUUGUAUAUUACACAUGUCAGAGAGCAGGCUACAGAGCAAAGGACAUCUACCCCAUCCUGUGUUCAGAGGUCAACGGUCAACUGAGGUGGAACUCUUCUGAUGUGAAGGUCACUCAUGAGUGUGUAGAUGUUCAGAGUCCAGUAAUGACCAAAUGCCCAUCCCUGGAUAUCACAGUAACCAAAUAUGAAGGAGCAAACUCUACCAUUCCUGUCUUUUCUGACAACAGUGGAGCCAUAGCUAGAGUUUUGGUGACUCCCUUUAACUAUCAACCUGGUCAGGCAAUUACACAAGAGACACUGAUUACAUAUGCAGCAUUUGACCAACAGGGAAAUAGCAUCACUUGCUCUUUUUUGGUAAAGAUUAAAGAUGAGUUUCCUCCCCUGUUGUCAUGUAAACCAUCCAGGACUAUCCUGAUCCCAGAUGAGUCUGGUUUGGUGACUGUUGACCCCUUGGACUUUAUCAGCAGUGUAGAACAAGGAGCCCAGACAUCAACUAACACAGGGAUACUGAGGCUGACUGCUGCAGACAUCAAUACAGUUAGGACCACUCAAAUCAGAGCCACUGAUCCAUCAGGGAAUACAGCUUCCUGUGCUGUCCAGGUCAAGGUUGAAGCUUCAAAGUGCCAGGCCUGGACCCUCUCUAUUACACAUGGCCAGAAGGUCUGCUCUCAGAAGACAGGAAAUGCAGGGAUAGAUUGUGUGUUUACUUGUGACUCAGGAUAUGUGUUUGCUGAGGACAUAAACAGAAAAUCUGUCACUGUGUCCUGCUUCAGUGGUGGAGAUUGGGACAGAGCUGCUCCUACAUGUCAGGAGUAUACCAGUACAGUCUACAGACAAAGUUUCCUCCUACAGUACCUGAUGGGGGCACUAGUGGACACAUCCUGUACCUCAGUGUACCAGUCUCAGCUCAACACCCAGUGGGACACCCUGACCUCUCAGUUACAGACCCUCUGUCAGACGGGAUCCAAUUACAGUAUCAUUAUCAUCACCCCUCAGGACAACAACUACCCACGAUUCCAAGUUUUCUACAAUGAGGGGUCUUCACCAAACUCAGUCUUUGUGACCAUAAACAUGGAAAUUGCCCCAUCUGGAUUGAUGGAUUUGGCCUACACUUCUUGUGCCCAGAAAAUAGAAAAUGCAUUCAUGACAAGGAGUAGCUCUGUAGGAACAAUGUAUCAGCUUUAUUCAUCAGGAUCCUGCCCUGCAUCAACCAACCAGCAGUUUGUGCAAACUCAGUUCUCCAACUUCCUUUGUUCUGGUUACCAGGGGACACAGAGAAAUAACACUGAGGGCAAAACAUACUGUGUGACCUGUCCUUUAGGGUAUUACACUAAGGACAAGAGGACAUGUACCCCCUGCCCAUCUGGAACUUACCUGGAUAGAGGAAACUUUGACAACUGCUUCAGUUGUCCAAACAACACCAAUAGUAGGAGGACUGGUCUAUCACGUCAAGAGGACUGUUAUUUGAGCUGUCCUCCUGGUUUUGUGUCCGCUAGUGGACAGGCUCCCUGUUCUGAGUGUGGCGUUAAUACAUACUCCUCUAAUGGUCAGUCCUGUACAACUUGUCCUAGUAACACACUGGCUACUAAAACUGGCUCAGCUUCCAAAGCGGAAUGUUUAGAUUACUGUUCAGCAGGGUAUUACUCACCUAGUGGAGCCGUCCCCUGUAGGCCCUGCCCCAGGAAUUACUACCAGCCCUCACAGGGGGCCACAUCCUGUAUUGAAUGUGGAUCACAUCAGGUUACACAGAACCUCGCACAAACCUCUUCUGUCAGUUGUGUGGAUGGAAUGAGUUCCCUUUGUCAGCCCAGUCCCUGUCAGAAUGGAGGAGUGUGUGCGGUCAUCAGACAUGAUUUCUACUGCAGCUGUCCUCAGUACUACUCUGGGAAGAGAUGUGAAGUAUUCAUGAACCCCUGUUCCUUCAUACCAUGUUUCAAUAAUGGACUUUGCUCUUUCAACUCUUCAACAGCUGAAGGAUAUACUUGUGAUUGUCAGGCCAGGCACAGUGGACCAAGAUGUGGAGAGGAUUUGAAUGACUGCAGUUUCAGUCCCCCCUUUGUCCCUUGUAAAAAUGGGGGCCAGUGUCGAGAUCAUAAUGGAGGAUAUCAGUGUUUCUGUCCCUCUUACACAGGAUACACAGGGACCAUCUGUACAGUACCUGAUCAGCCCUGUGCCAGUUCCCCUUGUAAAAAUGGAGCCUCUUGUGUAGAAGAGGGAGUGAUCAGACACAAAUGUAUAUGUUUGCCUGGGUACACAGGGGAAGACUGCAGCAUAGAUAUUGAUGAGUGCACCAGUAAUCUCUGUGUCAAUGGUGGAUCUUGUGUGGACAAAGUCAAUGGAUUUUCCUGUACGUGCGUGACUGGUUACUCUGGGGAUUUCUGUCAGAUCCGGUCCUGGGAAGCUGUGUGUACCCCCUCAUCAUGCCAGGGAGGGACUUGUGUGGAUGAUUACCUCAAUAACAAGGCUAUCUGUGUGUGUACUGGAGGACACAGGCUCAAUGAUACCCAGUGUGAACUGUUGAACUAUUGCUCCACUAAUCUUUGUGAAAAUGGAGGUCAAUGUAUUCCCCAGUAUGCAGGCUAUGUGUGUGCAUGUCUCCCAGGGUAUGGUGGACCUAGAUGCCAGUUUGAUGUUAAUGAAUGUUCCAAAAAUCCUUGUAAAAAUGGAGGACAGUGCCUAAAUCAAGUCAAUGGAUACAAGUGCAACUGUAUCCAGCCUGGAACAGGAGGUCCGAACUGUGAAGACAUGAAGAAUGACUGUUUACCAAAUCCAUGUAAUGUCAGCCAUUCGGAUUACUGUAUGGACCUGCUGAAUGACUUCUACUGCCAAUGUCAUGUAGGGUACAGAGGAAAAACCUGUGAUGUAAGAGAUGUUGAUUGCCAAAGUUUCCCCUGUCAGCAUGGGGGGAUCUGUACACAAACAGGAGCCCUGUAUAACUGUACCUGUCUGUCAGGGUGGGAGGGGGACAGGUGUGAAAGGGUGGUGGACAGGUGCUCAACCUCACCUUGUCAGAAUGGUGGACAAUGUGUCAACACGAUUGAUAAACAUGUCUGCUUAUGCCUGAGUGGUUUCCUUGGUGAAAACUGUGAGAUGACCUAUGACCUUUGUAAUCUAGCCAAUCCCUGUGUUGGUCCAGGAAGUAACUGCUCUGUUAAGAAUGAGACGUUUCAUUGUGAUUGCUCUCCAGGAUACACAGGGUCUGGAUGUCACCUUCCAUUAACUUCCUGUGAGAACACCGUAUGUCUUAAUGGUGGGUCCUGCCAGGCGUCGGACGGACGAGUCAGAUGUACCUGCAUACCAGGUUAUACAGGGUCCCAGUGUGAGACUAAUAUUGAUGACUGUAUUUCUGCUAUCUGUCCAGCUAAUUCCAGGUGUGUGGACGGAAUCAACUCGGUCUCUUGUGUCUGUACAGAGGGCAGAAUUGGAGAAUUCUGUGACAAAAAUGUAACUCAGACUUUUGAUUUGAUCAUUGAACCAAGCAAUACUUGUGGCACACAAAAUGAAGUCAAACCAGAAUCGUCCAUAUUUUCUCUGAAUUCAACCAAUUUCUCCAUCUCACUGUGGCUUCGAUACACAGAUAAAUCCAGGCCAGGACCAAUUAUCUCCCUUUAUACAUUGAUGGAUAAAAGUUUUAUACCGGUUGAGUUUAUUGAGAUGAGAUCCAGUGGUACAGCUGUCACUAUCGAGUCCACAGCUGUGUACCUCUCUUAUGGAUCUAAGAGUAUAAUGGAUGGAUUAUGGCAUCAUGUGGCCUUAUGCUGGACUAGUGGAUUAGACACUGCCAGUAAGAUGGGUGUGGUCACCAUAUACAUUGAUAACCUGCUGGCUGCUAAACAGGAACAUUUUGCCACAGGGAAGCAGUUACCUCCAUGGGGUUGGUUGGUAUUGGGAGGACGAUAUGACCAAUCAAACAAUAUCAUCUUGAGAAGUAAUGCUUUCAUUGGUCGCUUGAGUCAGCUUUACUUGACAAAGUCAGACCUGAGUACUGAGAUUUCCAUUCUUUAUAACAAGACACACUUUAUACCGAGUCAGUUGAUCCACAACCCUAUCACAGAUAUCAUAGAGAACAACAGAGCAUUUGUGGACUACCAGAGUCAGCUUCUAGCUUCUGUGUGCAGAACAGCAGACAAUUGUAUCAAGGAAUUUGAUGCUUCGCAAUACCCAUCUAUGAAGCAGUGUCCUGGUGACCAGCUGCUGGUAACAGAAAGAUCUGCAUUUCCAACGUGGGUGGAGGCCUCCUUUAUAAAUGCCAACCAGGUUAAAAACACCCAGCAGUCAGGAGCUCAGAGGUUACCCUGGGGAUUCUAUGAGAUUUCCUCAGCAGGAUUUGAUGCCAGUGGAAAUGCAGCUGUGUGCUCAUUUGUGCUUUAUAAUCGAAGAGUUGCUUAUGGAGCCGUGCUUCCUGAUGCUCCAUACAAGGGAGCUAAAUCCUGCACGUCACUGAAAGAUGGAGAAAGAUGUUCCACCAUUUGUUUACAGCCUAACCAUGCAAUCAGUCAACCAGGCCCUAAGUACUACAGCUGUAACAUGUAUAAUUUGUUUGACUCUGUCCAUCGAUUGCAGCCCUUUGUCUUUCCUCCUUGUGCUGCUUUCACCAGCAGACUUGUGGAUCUGACAAUGACAGUGGAAUUAACUCUGACAGAGAGGUGUGGCCAGAUUCAGGGGGAUGUGGCUUCUCUGGCUAAGUCCCGCCUCUCAACCAUCAGUGCUCUGUGGCAGAGGGGGUUAUGUGGCUAUGGAGUAUGUUCUAAUGUUAGUGUCACUUGUCCACCAGAACCAACAGGUGCCCCUUAUCUCACGGCCAUCUUCUCAUCCAUCAGUGAAUAUUUAACAAACGGGCAGUCGGUAACUUCACAUGUUAAAGACAUUUUGGUAACAGAGUUUGCAGACAAACGCACCUUUGACUUCAUGAUAAACAACUUUUCAGAUCCUUCAUAA